CUGAUGGCUUCCACGAUCGGGAUUGUGCCCUGGGAGCGUUUUCAUUCUCGUCCUCUACAGUGGCUCCUCCUACCCCUUCAGGAACUCAUCACGAGCAGGUCGAGACUCAAGGUGUCCCUGACUUCUCGCGUUCAACUGUCCCUCAGGUGGUGGAUGUCCCAGGCUCUCCGCAGGGGGGUGAAUUUCCUGCCGGUCGACCGGGUCAUGGUGACGACCGACGCAAGUCUCUCAGGAUGGGGAGGUCACUGCGGCCCUCAGGUGGCUCAGGGUCCGUGGUCAGACGUAGAGCGUUGCCAAUCCAUCAAUUGGUUGGAGCUCCGGGCGAUUUGGCUAGUCCUGGCUCGAUUCCUUCCCGAGAUUCGGGGUCGGCACGUGCUCGUGCGCACCGACAAUGCCACCGCCAAGGCACAUCUCAAUCGUCAGGGGGGAACAAGGUCUUGGCCCUUAAUGUGCGAAGCCGAGACUCUGUUGCACUGGGCAGAAAAGAACCUGGCCUCAUUGGAGGCCGAUCAUAUCAGUGGGGUGGACAACUCGGUGGCAGACUGGCUAAGCCGGUCUCAGCUGGAUCAGGGGGAAUGGAUCCUGGACGAUCGAGCGUUCAGGGAGAUUGUCCUCCGGUUCGGGGUUCCCCUAGUCGACCUCUUUGCACUUCCAGACAACUCCAAGGUGCCCAGAUUUUUCUCCAGGUUUCCAUCUCCAGGGGCAGAGGCAGUGGAUGCUCUGAUGUCCCCCUGGCCGCAGGGUCUGCUCUAUGCUUUCCCACCCUUUGCGGUGUUAUCCCGGACGGUGCAGAGGAUCAGAUACCAGAAAGCAGAGGUCAUCCUUGUGGCUCCGCAUUGGCCACGGCGGCUGUGGUUUUCGGACCUGGUCGCCCUCUCGAUAGAGCCCCCUCUACCUCUGGGAACUCGAGCGCAUCUUCUCCACCAGGGUUCCGUCCUUCAUCCAGACCCAGCGUGGCUCAAUCUUCACGCUUGGAGAUUGAGCGGGACUCUCUAGCGCGUUGUGGAUACCCCGUUGCGGUCCAGGAUACUAUCUUGGCCUCGAGGCGGCCGUCCACGGCUCGUAUAUACCAGUCCACCUGGCAAGCCUAUACUCAGUGGUGUCUCGCCUCUGGGGGGGACCCUCUGGCGCCUUCGGCAACGCAGGUCUUAGGCUUCUUGCAGAUGGGUCUAGAUAAGGGCCUCCGUCCCAACACUCUGCGUCGCCAGGUGUUCGCUAUUUCGUCUGUGCUAGGGGUUCCAGGAGUCCCUUCCAUGGCUGCACAUCCCCAUGUACAGCGUUUCCUGAAGGGAGCAGCUGCCUUAAAGCCCCCUCCCAUCCAUCGUUUUCCCACGUGGGAUCUCAAUUUAGUUCUCGGGGCCCUCUCAAAGGCACCAUUCGAACCUUUGCGCGCUGUUCCUCUACGGAUUCUAACCUUGAAAGUUUUGUUCUUGAUAGCCAUCACGUCAGCCCGUCGGGUCUCCGAUUUGGGUGCCUUGUCUGUCAGGAAAGAGCUAUGCCUGGUUUUUCCUGACUAUGUGAUUCUUCGCACUGACCCCACUUACCUUCCCAAGGUGAACUCCAUCUUUCACAGGGCGCAGGAGCAGAUGCUCCCCUCCUUUUGUCCUAAUCCUUCCUCCCCAAAGGAGAGGGAAUGGCACAAAUUGGACGUCCGUCAUGCGAUCCGUAUUUACUUGAGGCGGACUAAAUCUUUCAGGGUCUCCGAAUCCUUUUUUGUGUCCUUUCGUGCCAGUUCUAUGGGUAGGAAGGUCUCUGUCUCCUCCCUGGCACGCUGGAUCUGCCAAACUAUCCAGCUGGCCUACGCCGCAGCAGGAGAGACUGUGCCUGAGGGUAUUACCGCUCACUCCACCCGGAGCGCAGCAGCCUCUGCGGCCUUGUCUACCUUGGCCCCCUUAGCUGAUAUUUGUAGAGCUGCCACUUGGGCAUCCCUUUCUACCUUCGUUAAUCACUAUAAGAUACACGAUUGGGCCUCUGCAGAUGCAUCCUUUGGCCGACGUGUAUUGCAGAGGGUGGUCCCUACUUAGGAUCAGACCUUCUGGUGUGUGCCCUCCCGAUUUGGGUUAUAGCUUGGGUAUGUCCCAUGUUCCUCGGAUACAAUCCUCGUCUGAGGGAGAAUGAAUCGUUGGCACUUACCUGAAUGGUCAUUCUCCUCAGACGUAUGGAUUGUAUCCGACCCACCCAAUUGUGUGUCUGAUCCUGUUCCCCUCUGAUUGUCCUUCUUCUACUGUACCCUAUAUUACUGUGGGGUGGUGUUUUCCUCCUCUGUUCUGCGGUUUAAUUGAGGGGGUGUUUCAGUGUUAGGCUUGGGCCAGGCAUCCUUGUCAGUUGCUUCUUUGGGCACCUUGCCUUACUUUAGUUUUCUACAGUGUUUAUUCUAGUUUGCCUUUUUUGGAGCUUCGAAGCGCUUUGUUAAUGACUGAAGAGGCGAGGGGGUUGUCCCUCCCUCCUGCUAUCAAGAUCUUUUCUGAUUGGCCCUGUCUCGGAGCAGUAGGUGGCGACAACCCAUGUUCCUCGGAUACAAUCCAUACGUCUGAGGAGAAUGACCAUUCAGCAAACCUCAUUUCUCUGGGAGGCAAGGAUCUGUCCUUGGGUGACUAUACUCCAGCCUGGCGGUUGCAGAGAAAACUGGUUCACGUUUCCUUUCAGCGUUGCCUGAGGGGAGACAUGGAACAAAUUGUAAGCAACCAGGCACGAUGCCUGUCCAAGAUUUUCCGUGAUUAUGGGGGAGAACCUGUGGAUGUGGCUCGGGAUUUUUCCCUGCAAGCCUGCCAAGUCAUCUCUGCCUUGGUGUUUGGACCUUUGGAUGUUUCUGCCAUUGAAGAAAUGCAUGACUGUAUCAUCAAGCUGGUAGAUAUGUGGAGUGCAGUUUCCAUACAGAUUCUGGAUUUCCUACCUAUGCUCAGGAUCUUCCCCAACACCACAUUACGACAUCUGCUUUCCUGCGUCAACAGCCGGGAUGCCUUUGUCCAAGGCCAGAUAAAGAAACAUAAGGAGUCUCAUUGCUCCUCAGAGAUCCGGGACAUGAUGGACCACAUGCUCCAGUUCCUGCGGGAGCAUGGUGACUGCAAGUGGGAAGAGGCUGGGCUCUCCCCAGAGCACCUCCACAUGGCUAUCGUCGACCUUUUCAUCGGGGGUACUGAGACCACAGCUGCCUUGCUCACCUGGGCCGUGGCCUUCUUACUGCACCACCCGCAGAUUCAGGAGCGAAUCCACGAAGAGCUAAUGACAGUUGUGGGACUCAGCCGUGACCCCACCUAUAAUGACCGGAAGCACCUGCCCUACCUGAGUGCCACCAUCACCGAGACCUUGCGCCUCCGCCCCUCAGCACCUCUUGCUCUGCCUCACAUGACCAACCGUGACACCAGUCUCUCUGGUUUCCUCAUCCCCAAAGGCACAACAGUCAUCCCCAAUCUCUAUGGGGCCCAUCAUGAUGAGAGCAAAUGGAAUCACCCUAUGGAGUUCAGGCCAGAGAGAUUCCUGGAGGGUGAAGCCUUGCAGCAAGCCCAGCGGCACCUGCUGCCAUUCAGCUGUGGGGCACGAGUCUGCCUGGGAGAAGCGCUGGCACGCAUGGAGUCCUUCCUCUUCCUGGCCCACAUCCUGCGUGAUUUCCAGAUCUUGCCCCCACCGACCGGCUGCUUUCCCGACUUAAGGGGACGGUUUGGGGUGGUUGUACAUUGCAAACCCUUCACAGUUCGGCUGGUACCCCGGGGGGCUGACGCCUCUACACUUCAAGGGGAGUGAAGACACCUUCUCUUAUUCCCCACCCCAGUACAAUCCCCACAAAUUGCCCCCAACAUGAACCAAUCUAUCUGCAAUACAUAGAAUUGAACGUGUACGAAAAAAUUUAGACCCCCUUCAGAUGUUAUCAAAAGUGAGGAUGCUGUUUGUGAGUAGAGCCUCUUCAAGAUCAUGCGCCAAACCACACAGUGAUGUCUAUGGUUGCAGUGCUUGCCUGAAGAGACAAAACACUGUAACCAUAGGGAUAUAAGAAGCUGCCUCAUAUUUAGGAGAGGAGAGCUGGUCUUGUGGUAGCAAGCAUGACUUGUCCCCAUAGCUAAGCAGGGUCUGCCCAGGUUGCAUACGAAUGGGAGACUUGAAGUGUGAGCACUGUAAGAUAUUCCCCUCAGGGGAUGAAGCCGCUCUGGGAAGAGCAGAAGGUUCCAAGUUCCCUCCCUGGUUUCUCCAAGAUAGAGAUGAGAAAGAUUCCUACCUGCAACCUUGGAGAAGCUGCUGCUAGUCUAUGAAGACAAUACUGAGCUAGAUAGACCAAUGGUCUGACUCAGUAUAUGGCAGUUUCCUAUGUUCCUAUGUUCCUAAGUCAGACCUCUGUUAAUCAAGCUCAGUAUAAUCUACACUGACCGGCAAUGACUCUCCAGAGUUCCAGUUAGGAGUCCUUCCUGGCCCUACUUGGAGAUGCCUGGGAUUGAACCUGGAACUUUCUGCACACAAAGCAGAUACCCCAUCACUGAGCGGCAGGCCAUUCUGUACCAUGGGAAGACUCUGAGCAUGUGUCCAGCCAACAAAUGCUGUAACUGUGAACAGCAUGGGGGAUUCCGAGUGUAUUACUACUGGGUAGGGAUGCGCCUGAAUAGUUUUGGAGCCUCAUUAGAGAGAUAGCAAAACGAUAUGGUCAGCCGCGGCCGCAACGUUUCAAUGGGGUAGCUUUAAGGAGGCGGCCCAGAUCUUGACCUGCUCCUCCACCUCCCCAUUGCUGUUCCGGUUGUAGUGCUGUCCUUCCCAAAAGGCUGCAUGUGGCUGAAUUGCAGCGGCUUGCACUAACACGGCCCCCGUGCAUGAGUGGCGGCCAUGUGUGUGCGGCCACAGUGAUGCAAUCACACGCAGUGUCCCAACCGGAACAGUGGCGGGGCAGUGGAGGAGCAGAUAAGGACAUGUGUGCCUCCUUCUUAAAGCUACUGCUCUCUGCCUCCCCCACUUGCUGUUGCCCAAAGCAAUUCAUGCACAUCCCUACUACUGUGGCGCAGCUUCAGAGCAUGCUCUUGAAGGUGUUGUACUAUACAGCGGCCUCCGUGAUGUUUUGCAUUUUCCAACAUUGGUUGUUAUGUGUGCUAUUUAUAUGUGUUUUUGAACUCAUGUUUAUAGAAAUGUUAAUGUGUGUGCAGGAGGUUGAUUGGCUGCAGCAGCCCCCUGCAGGAAGGAUAAAGAAACCCUGCUUAGAAUGCAAGAGGCGGGGGCAGAUAGAGAGAGAAGACAAAAAUCAGUUGGAAGACAGUUGGUCUGACAGUUAAGGGGGAGGGUGAGCUGGGUGCUUUUUCCAGAUUAGACCCCAUAAAGGGGUCACAGCGUAUCUGCUAAGUGUGCUUCCGUACUUCCUGUGUUCUGAAACCGCAGUCCCUACACUGUCAGCAGGGUACCAUCCACAUUUCGGAUGCCUUGUUUCGGAUUUAAUCGCUGCGAUAUAGUGCUAUAAUGUUGUAUGUGCAUUGCAAAAACAUUGCUGUAUUUUCCUGUUAUAGGAUUUUUUUAAUUCUGGGGAUUGUUUUCAAUAUGAUCCUGCCAAGCCAAAGCAUUUUACCCCGGUUGUAGCGGGUAAUCUGGAAAGUGCCCUGGAGGCUUGGAUCAAGAAAGGAGUAGUGAACAGGAAGUUAUUCACACAUGGUUUCAUGCUGCGGGGUAUCUGAAGAGCAAAUCUGCUUCGCAGCAGAUUCGCAAGAUGUUUAAUUCAGGGGAUUAAAUUGACAGUUCACAUAGCCGUCAGCUCCUCCCCACACUCCUUGGCAGAUCUUUUUCUUGUGCGUUCCCAUCUACUUGCUCAGGGUUUUUCCUCCAACCAAUCGCAAAUCACACCACAGAGGAAGAAGCAAGAAAGUGUUGUUUUUUAGUUUGACAGCUUAAGGCAGAAGGACGGCAUGACAAGUUGCCAAGCAGCAGCUGGGUCAAACAGCAGCACACUUAACCCAUGCCUUUGUGAGUGACUGCCAGCGCCAUCCCUUGAGUGGUGCGGGGCUCGGGACGAAGGGGCUCACCCCUUGCAUCUGACAUCAGCAGCGUCUGACGUCAGAUGCAGCGGGGGGCGUGCCCUCACCCUGAAACGGGGCCGAGCAAAUGCCAGCCAGCGUGGCGUAUGCAGCGUGGCCAGGAGUUGCUCUCCUUGCCUUAAGGCCGGGAAAGCUGCUCCCGGCCACACUGUGAACACAGCACUGCCGGUAUUUUCUCUGAAACAGAACGUGCAGCCCUGUUUCAGAGCGAAGUCAUACCCCUGAAUCAGGCGCAGGGGGCUCAGGGCUUACUUCCCCCCCUUCCCUCAGGCAAGCACACAUGGUGGUGGUGGGAAGCUGCAGCGGCCACCGCACAUGCUGCCACCAGGAGCUGAGCGUGUGGGCAGUCUGCGAGGCUGCCUGCCAUUCGCUGGCACAGCAGGGCCCCUCCAAAUGCGGGGGUCGGGGCUACCGCCCCGGUUGCCCCACCCUAAGGUCAAACCUGGUGACUGCCUUCAUCACCUCGUGUUUCACCACCAACACCACCCCCCUCCCCCGUCUUCACAUCCACACACCUAAUGGAGACAAAAAAGAGCUCAGGUUACAUCCAUUUUGCAUAUUUAAAGCCUAUGUAAAACAUAGGAAGACACACAUUUUGCAGUUUGUGCUUGUGUUUAACUCAAGAAAUUCUCCCUCCCCCGCCCCGUCUGGACUCCCUCAACAGAGUAUCACCAACCUGCAAUUGCACCUCCCCCCAGCACUUGCAAUUGCAAAUCAGUUAGCACAGACCAUACCCCAAACAGCUGUCAAACUCCAUUGAGUUUUGAAAUUGCUGAUUUACUGGCAUGACCACCCCACACAUAACAGAGAAACUGCGGGGCAUAACAGAAUCCCCUUGCCCCCCCGCCCCCAAGCCUCUGAAACUAGAAGAUUUUUAAAAGCUGGACAUACUUUGGGCUAAGCCAGAAUGUGCAGCCUCCAUUCGGGGGGAAACAAAGUCCUGUCUGUCCUGGUCCCUGAUAGCCCUCAGGGACUUUGGGGUAAAUCCAGCUAAUAUGUCAACUGGCACACUCCAAUCCAGAGUGGAUUCGAAAUAAAAGCCCUGUCUGUAAAGCCUCCUGGAGGGACUUCUUGGAAGAAGAGAGAAAUGAGGCUUAAGGAGAGAUGGGGUGUGUGUUUGUGUGCAGUAAAUCAGCUCUCUAUAAGAAAGCCUAUUGCCUGUUCGAGCUAAGACCUGAAAGUUCUGAGAGGGGAGAUGGGUCAGAAACAAGGUAAUCAAACUAGGUACCUUACCCCACUGUGGACAAAUGGGGGGCAGGGGGGAGAAAGAACGUUCACUGUGUAACAUCUGGGGAAUAUCUGCACUGCUGUACGUGAUAAUUAUGACACCACCCUGUACAUCUGAAACCAUCAUGCGUUUAGAACUUGGCUAAAACAAUAAAACUUGGUCCUUCCGUAUUAUCAAAGAAUAAGAAUAUUCCCUCUUCCACAUUACCGGAAGAGAUACCCUUUGCUACUACAGAAUCAUCCAGUGGGGGAGAAGGUGAUAUUUUUGGCCUCACAUCCUGCCAAAAUAGAUCUGAGUGGUGGCAGCAGAAAUACCCUGAAGCAGGGUGACCCCUCACAGCCUCACUUCUGAUAACAUCUGAAGAAAACAUUUAAGCAAGCUCAGAGAAGCCCUACGUGAUUUGGCCCCAGAUGUCUUACUUCCACCUUCUCCUCUGUAAGCCUGUCUGUUUAUUAAGAUAUUAAGAUAGGAACAGCUCCUGCCUUUUAUUGAGUCAUGUUAGAGAGCCUGGGAGGGGAGAUUUUUUAAAUUUACCCCAACUGCUGCGAAACUGCACAAGAAAGAAGAGCUCUGCUAAUUAAUAUUUUCUGGAGACUUGGAGUUAAAUUUCCAAGUAAAGUAGUUUAUUUAGGAAAUACACCAGAUAGAUAGAUCACGCUAGUGCCUAGCUGUCUGCUACAUCAGGAAGAGGGAAGGGAGAAGACAGAAGUCUCUCUCUCUCCAAGGCACUUUCCAGAGUACACACUACAACAGCGGUAAUUUACUUUGGCUUGGCAGAAUUGUCUUGAAACUGUAAAUAAAGACUGUUGCACAAAGCCACCAGCAGGGGAGCAGUCUUUUUUAGCUUGCACAAACUUCUACAACGGGAAAAUGCAACUUAAAAAAUAAAUAAAUUUAAUACUAUAAUGCAAAGAUAAAACCCAAAUAAGGCAUCAGAAAUGUGAACGGCACCUUUCCAACAGUGCAGGGACUGCGAUGUUGAAACACAGGCAGUAUGGAAGCACACUUAACGGACACGUAGUGACACUGUUGUAGUGCAUAAUCUGGAAAGUGCCCCGGUGAGGGAAUGAAACCUAACAAAAGGGGAAUCAGAGUAGAGAAAGCAUGGUCAGAGGGGAAAUGCCCUUUCUGUCUCUUUCAACCCCUAGUGCCCCCAGUGGUCAAUAGAACUGCUGACAGGGGUGUAGGGGGCUUGGCGGGGGCCGGGGGCCAAAGUCCUCCCCCACCCAGGAUGUUCCUUCAAGCCCACAAAGCACACGCAUGUGCCACAGAGAAAGGAGCUCCCUUUCAGCAAUCUCACCAACCACUGACAGGGGAAAUGAAACAAUGCCCGGGUUGUCACAGUCCCAUUCUUGGCACUGAUCUCGCCCCUGCAGGGGAGGGGCCAGUGCUGCUGGUGGUGGUGGUGGUGGGGAAAGAGUCCAUCCCUCCCCAGCUAGAAAGGAGAGUGGCAUGCCUCACGCUCCCAGUUGGCGAGUGCUUUUCUCGCUGACUGGGUGUGGGAGGGGGCACCCUGGCUGAGGAAAAGGGGGAGCCUUGGAAGGGUCCCAGACCCUUGGGGCCUGGGGACAGUUGUUCCUCCUUGCUCAGUGGUCAGCACACCCCUGGUUGCUGGUGCUAAGGGUUGAUGCCAUCAGGAGCUGCAUCUCCAACAAGUCAAACCCUUGGUGCUAGGGAACUCCAAGGGAAAGGUGCUUCUCAGAUGCACCUGGUUCACCCCAUGUGAUGCAGGAUAUUGGACUAGAUAGGCCUUUGGCCUGAUCCAGCAGGGCUUUUAAAACUGUUCAUAUGUCUGUCUAGCUCAGUAUUGUCUACACUGACUGCCAGCAGUUCUCUUUCCCUGCAGUGAUUGAUUCUAGAAUUUCUUCUAUAUGAAAGACAUGCUCCAUGUCCCCCUUCUCAAUGUCCCCUGCCCCAAAGCAGGGGUCUUGCCCUCCUUCCUGCCACCAUUGGAGGUGCAGCUGGCUAUGACUCAGGACAGGGCCUUUUUGGUUGUGGUGCCUAAGCAAUGGAACUCCCUCCCCCAGAGGCUCACAUGGUCUGCACACUGCAGGACUUUUUCCAGAUUGCUAAGACCUUUUUAUUUCAGCAGAUACUGAGGCUUUUCACAUUAUCACACUAACCCAGGUUGGUGGCAGACAAGUCUGGGUUAGCAGAUCAUGCGAACCAGAGCAUAGCCCACAAACCCAGGCUUGCCACAACCAGAUAACCCUGACAUGAAACCUGAGUCUUAACCCAGGUUAGUGCACAGCAGGGGCCCUGGUGCCUUGGGUUGCUGAUUGUGUGUCCACUUCCCACUCUGUUUUGAAGUUUUGGCAGACAGCUGCCAUGCUUUAAUAUAUUUUAGCUAUUAUUUUAGUUGUGUAAUUUUUGUAGUCUUGUUUUAACUUUUGUGUGAACCACCUUGAGAUUGUUUUAAUGAAAAGCGGUAUAGACAUUUAACAAGAAAUAAAUGAAAUAAAUAAAACUAGCUGACCCGGGUGCAGAGCAUCGA